ACGAACCCGGUUCAGAACGAUGAACAGCAAGCAGUCCGCCCCCGCAGCAGCCGUCGCGUGACCAGCUAUCAUCAUCCUUUCCAGACUCGAUGCUCACCAUGCAAUGACCCUGCACCGUCAUAUGCGUCGGCUACUCGCACUCCAAAGUUCCCGCCCGCCCCUCGAUUCUUUGACAAUGGAAAGGAGGUUUUGCCAAAGUACACUUGCUCUGUAUCGAGAGAGGGUCCAAUGCAGAUGCGCAUUGAAAAGAUCUCGCCUUUCCAGUAUCUUCAAAAGCAAGACUUUCGUACAGUCUACGUGGUGCUGAACGGCACUCAAUUGAGUGUCCACAAGAUCAAGACCGUUCAACUUGCUGGUCAUUCUUUGCCCACUGCUGGAAGGCUGAUCAAGCGAUACACCCUUCAGCACGCCGAGAUCGGUUUAGCCACCGAUAUCCAGUACAACCAGCUGCUACCAGCUACACGCCUAGCUCACUUCAUUCCUUCUGCUGCCCGCCGCAAGGCUUAUGAGAAGGAUCCCGAACUCUUCACUCCUAUCUCUCAGGUUGUACUCCGUCUGCGACUUGAGACCGACCAGUUCCUCUUGGCAGAUCACUCAGAAGAACGUAUUUUCCGGUGGAUUCAUGAUCUAUCUGCCAGCAUCGACAUUUCGUUGCCACUUGAUGAGCGUUCGGCACCCAAGCCAUGCACCAUCCCCAGGCGCCGCCGCAGACAACGAACUCAAGCGACGGAAAAUAUCAAUGACCAGAACGUAAUUGCGGAGCAGGAGCAGAUCAUGCGCGAGAUGUACCCUUCUCUGGCACGAUCAAUCGAAAGAGGUUCGGACGGUGCAGAGCUUUCGCGUACCGAAUCUGCGGAGGACACCAACGCUUUGACUCUUACCGGCACAAUUGACCAAGAGGUUGAGGACAUUGAUCUGUCGUUCCUCGCUGAAGACCUUGGCCAGGAGCAACAGCCAUCUGCUCGCCCAGCCAAUCUUCGCCAAACAACCUCAUCCACUGUCUCUACAUGGCGAUACAUCAAGCGAUGCAUGCCCACACUGCUCUUCGAUGCCCCGCGUGCUACCGACAUCAUCAUGUGUCAUGGUCGUCGUCUGAGAGUCAACACCAAGAUGGACAUGCUCGAGGAAUGGGAGUUGGCACCUCCUUCUUAUGACGUGCACGACUUC